AUGGCCCCAUGUCAGUCUCCAGAUGGGGCGAUUCGAAUUUUUGCCUUUGCCAGUCUCCCAUCGCGUCUUCCAACCAUACGCACCCCGUGUGCUUUCAUCGACGGAGGGGUAAUGUCGUCUCCACUCUAUGAUAAUCUGCUCUACGAUGAAAGAUGUCUCCUACCUAAAGGCCCAGUGCACAAACAAGAUCUUGGGCAAACCCCGAUUACACUACCAUUGGCGGCUCUACGUGAUGGCGAGAACUACAUUAAUCCCGCGACCUCUGCACUCACUGCCGUUUUGGGUGACACCACUGAGGAAAAGCAUCUUAUGAAGUGCUAUGGGCGUGACUAUUCUGAAGCUUACCCGAACAUGUUCUUAGUCCCACACACACCAAGAGCCGCCCGUAAACCAAACUUGACAUUUGCUUAUGUGCCAGUACUUCCACUCCUGGAGGACCAAACUUCAUCCCCUUCUAGCUCUACAAGUGGAAAGCAACAAAAUAGGCAGUUCGCUAGUCUCCCUGCGAUUGAGGUGACGAACUUUGAAGACGUAUUUACAUUAGAUUUUGGCAAUUUACCCGAGAUGACACCAUUACACUGUCAUGAAAAUCACGAUAAUAGUCCAAACAGCUGUCAUAAGCACAAGAUGGGCGAAGAUCAAGGCCAAAGUCCUAGAUUUCUACAUAAUCAUCGAAGCUUGCCGUCUUUCUCUGAAACAAGAAGGAAACCAUCAACAUAUGUCACAUUCAAAUCGCCCGAAAAGAAGAAUAUAUGGCCUAGCCGGGCAGAAUUAUACCCACAUAGGGAUACUUCUAUACUUGCAAGAAUGACGGAGACCGAAUUUAACACUGCGUCGAAGCGAAGAAGGGCAUCUGUGGAUGAAGAAACCCCAAGAAAACUGAUGAGAGGUUGUAGCGAAAUACCACUGGAAAGCUUCAAUGGAGCACUUAGUCCUGUAUUUUCUGUUGCCACCCCUGCAUCUUCAGUGUCAAGUCUAUUGACCGUGGCGAGAAGUCCAGAUUCAGGUACAAGUGGUCCUCCAAGUGUGGUGACUAGCCCGUCUCUUGCACAAUCUUGGGAUUCGGAUGGCCUUCAAGAACAAGUCACAUGGAGUGCAGAUGCAUAUCUGGUAUCACUAAGAAACUCAUACGCGGGAAUAGGAAAUACCACCAGCUCGUUACUGAAAGAGUAUCGGUGCACGGGCCAAGGGCUAGAAUACGGUCCCGAUUUCUCUCCUGAUAGAUCUCCCCUAGCGGAGUUUUCUGAUGGACCCGAGGAAGAAUCAAUGAAUGAAUUCUUGGAGGGUUGUUUCAAUAAACCUGGGGAAGAAUGGAAGAAAGAGGCAUUAGAAAAGAUACGGAGAUCUUCUUUUUUACGAGAACAAAGGCCGGAACCUGUGAACCAAGGACCGAACGACCCAUAUACCAAAGGACAUGGCAAGAAGGAUCUGAGUAUUUAUGAGUCAUCCCGAUCGAAUCUCACGUCAAAUGACCUCCUUUCUAUUAUUGCUUUGUUCUAUCCUCCCCGAUCGAUAUUUGGAACAAAAACAAACGCGGUUACAGCACCGCAGCAUCAGCUGCCGAUUACUCUGCCAGUCUCGAGUUACGACCCCGCUGCCCACACGCCCAGCACCUCUUUCUUAGCCGCCGGCUUCAGAGGAUUUGCCAACGAGAUCACUCCCUCGUUUGCUAACAGCAUAGAUGGAUCAGGGGGACCCACCUUAGCCCACAAACUGAAUGCUAUUGAGCAACACCGUUCAUCGUGGGGAGGGUUUGCGCUCAACCAAGGAUUCUCGCCCGUAGAUGGCUACAGCGGACCUGUGGUCUAUGACAGCGAGGCUCCCGUCCCCAUGCCAGACGUCGACUACUUGGGAUCCUCUAGUCUCUACCCAGAGCCUUCUAUGCCUCUCACUGUCCGACAGACCGACUAUCCCCAACAUCAAAUGCAGCAUCAGCAACCAAGCGUCGGUAGUGAUGAAGAUCCCUGGAUUGCAGUCAUGGAAAACGUAUCGAGAUUAGAACAAAGCAAUCCUAUCUCCCAACCGGCCAAUCCCAUUCACUCGGCACUCACACUGAAUGGUGUGCCCCAGACUCGGCCGGUGCCCAAUCAAAGGCCACAACCCCAAAUGAUGAAUCCACAAACACCUCGACUUCCCCCACCAGCUCCACCCACGCGAACAUCCUCUAUUAUUGCUUCCACCCAACUCCAGCCACCCCAUCUUUCCCAAUCGGUCGCUCUGCCGCAACCGCCCCAGCCUCACUACAACUACUCCCCACCCGACAUACCGGACGAAUUAACCCAAAUUGUGGAAGCCGCGACAUUCGACAUG